CUGGACUGGAAUCCCAAAGCCUCGGGACCACAGUUUUGCCACUCAACCCUGCGACUAGGAAGAAGAAAUAACUGGCUGAGGACCAACAGACAUAUGGUUAUUCUCAUAGAAAGAGGGCUGGCACCCUGAAUCUUUGAUCAUCUCUUGACCAAUUGCUGGAGGAGACUGUCCACCUGCUCUGCAAAUCACAUUGAGUUAUCCUGAUACCUUGCUGCUGGGAAGAUACCCAGAUGGAACCCCGUCAUUUCCAUCAUCUCCGGCCAGACUCCACGCUAAUGUAGCCUUGCUGCUCAGAGUCACAGGGGUUUUAUGCUCUUCUCUUCACGGAGUGGUCUUCACCUCGUGAAAUGGUGAUAUGACCCAGAUUGGAGCCCUGAAAUCACACGAAGCUGUGGGUGGAGAUUCAUUUGAUAGUCCUGGAAAACCCUCUCAGCACAAGGAACAUGAGUAACCAGACCCUGGUAACAGAGUUUGUCCUGCAGGGCUUUUCAGAGCACCCAGAAUACCAGGUGCUCUUAUUCAUCUGUUUCCUCUCCCUUUACUCUGUGGCCCUCACAGGUAAUGUCCUCAUCAUUUUGGCCAUCACCUUUAACCCUGGGCUCCACACUCCCAUGUACAUUUUCCUGUUCAACUUGGCUACUAUGGACAUCAUCUGCACCUCUUCCAUCAUGCCCAAGGCCCUGGCGGGUCUGGUGUCAGAGGGGCGCUCCAUCUCCUAUGGAGGCUGCAUGGCCCAGCUCUAUUUUCUCACGUGGGCUGCAUCUUCUGAGCUGCUCCUCCUCACGGUCAUGGCCUAUGACCGGUAUGCAGCCAUCUGCCACCCCCUGCACUAUAGCACCAUGAUGAGCAGGGUGUUCUGCAGCAUGCUAGCCACAGGUGUGUGGGUGCUCUGCGCCUUCAACACAGCCAUCCACACAGGGCUGAUGCUGCGCUUGAAUUUCUGUGGGCCUAAUGUUGUUACCCACUUCUUCUGUGAGAUCCCUCCUCUGCUACUUCUCUCCUGUAGCUCCACCUAUGUGAACAGUGUCAUGAUUGUCCUGGCUGACACCUUUUAUGGCAUAGUGAACUUCCUCAUGACCAUCGUGUCCUAUGGCUUCAUCAUCUCCAGCAUCCUGAAGAUGCGGACUGCAGAGGGGAAGCAGAGAGCCUUCUCCACCUGCUCGUCCCACCUAAUUGUGGUGUGCAUGUAUUACACUUCUGUCUUCUAUGCCUACAUAAGCCCCAUCUCCAGCUACAGUGCAGAGAAGAGCAAGUUGGCUGGCGUGCUGUACACCAUGUUGAGCCCUACUCUCAACCCCCUUAUCUAUACUUUGAGAAACAAGGAGGUCAAAGCAGCCCUCAGGAAGCUUUUCCCUUUCUUCAGAAAUUAAUUUGUGGGAAUUAACCUUUCUGUGAGGAGUCUGAUUAGCAAGUUUUGGUCU